AUGGAUCGCGCGCCCGCAGCCUAUGAGACUACUUAUGAGACGAGAUAUGAGGCUACUGAUGUAGCCUCUAUAAUCAAUGUUGGUUUUGUUCGCAGUUUAAGUGGGAUUUUGAAGCUUUCUGAAAUAUUACUAAGUUGCAUUGUACUGAUUUGUGUUGCUGCAACCUCCUAUUGGUCACUUCAUCCAUCUGGUGGAUGGGUGAAUUUUGUUGCCUCUGUCACUUUAAUCUGUUCAGCUGUCUUCUAUAUCUUCUAUCUAUUCAAUCUGAUCAGAAAAUUACCUGGCCCAUGGAUUAUCAUUGAGUUCUCUGUUCUCCUGAUAUGCACCUUCUUUUGGUUUAUAACGUUAAUUGUUGCAGCAGCAAAUCAUUAUAAAGGCUCUGGAGCGAUUGCAGCAGCUGUAUUCUCUGCUGUCGCGCUGGCUGUCUACAUCACUGAGUUAGCAACACGUUUCCGAUGUGAACGUCGAGGGAACGGUUUCAUUAUUACAAUGACUGGUGUAAUGACCACGCAUGCUACACGUGGUCCACCAACAUUUGCUCAACCAGCACCAGGAGUAGUAGUACCUGGUGGGCAUAUGCCACAUGAGGCAACAGAUCCGCAUAUUGGUUUUUCAGGUGCUUACGCCCCAGGGGAACGCUCCGACGAAGGUUAUGUUAUGCCAUAG